AUGCAAUCAGCUAUCAAUUUUGCUCGAAAAAAACCUUUUGAUUGUUUUUUGGCUGUUGGUGGUGGUUCUGUUAUUGAUACUGCAAAAGCAGCAGCUUUGUAUGCAAACAACCUAAACGCUGAAUUUUUUGAUUUUGUACAAAAACCAUUUGGCCUUGGGCUUAUUCCUGAUAAAACAAUGCUUCCACUGAUUGCUGUCCCAACAACUGCCGGUACUGGAAGUGAAACAACUGGCGUUUCAAUUAUUGACAUACCUGAAAAACAAUGCAAAACAGGCAUCAGACUUCGAUGUAUCAAACCAAAUUUGGCAAUAAUUGAUCCUCUAAAUGUUAUGUCAAUGCCUAAAAAUGUUGCAAUUUAUUCUGGUUUUGAUGUCCUCUGUCACGCUUUGGAAUCUUAUACAGCUAAACCUUACAAUAAACGUUCUCCACUUCCGUCAAGUCCAAAUGUUCGGCCAGUCUAUCAAGGCUCUAAUCCGGUCAGUGAUGUUUGGGUAAGAGAAGCUCUUCAAAUUGUUGCAAAUAUUUUCGACAACCUAAUCGACAACCUGUUCCGAUGAAUUUGUUGAUAAGGCAGCAAUAAGAAGAUUGUUUGAGAAAAUGAAGGGAUAUAGAUUUAAGAUUGAAGGUUUUUUUGAAUUGAAAAAUUAAGAAAUAAAAUUUUAGAUAAAAUUGUUGUAGAGUACAUUUCUUUUUUCUUCUCUCCAAAGUUUUCCUUUUCGUGCUUCUAUUGUAUUCCUUUGAUUU